GUUUGUGUAACAGUUCCUUAGUUGUCAACCACAACUACCACUCUCUACUCUCAAUUUCCGUAUUCUUAUAUAACCGCUAUCUUCUCUUCUCAGUUCCCAGUAGUCCCAGACGCGAAGACUUGUGCCCAUCAUCUUCGCGUCUCCCUCGGAGCCCUCUAGCGGUUUCUUCUGGACCUGACUGGGGCUAUGCUCACCAACGAAGACUAUCAAGGUGUUUCAAAUUGUUAUGUUUUCAAGAGCCGAUUGCAAGAAUAUGCACAGAAAGUGGGACUUCCCACACCCGUCUAUGAAACCAUCAAGGAAGGACCUUCACAUCAGCCUUCUUUCAGAUCUACAGUCAUACUCAAUAAUGUAAGAUAUGAUUCUUUGCCUGGAUUCUUCAAUCGUAAGGCAGCAGAGCAGUCAGCUGCAGAGAUUGCUCUUGUGGAGCUGGCAAAAUCUGAUGAAGUUAAUCAAUCCAUCACACAACCUGUUAUUGAAACAGGAUUAUGCAAGAAUUUACUCCAGGAAUAUGCUCAGAAAAUGAAUUAUGCAAUGCCCUUGUAUCUAUGCAAAAAGGAUGAAAAACCAGGGCGAUUGUCAUCAUAUUCAUGCACAGUUGAGAUAGGGGGAAUUCGAUAUAUUGGGGCAUCAGCAAGAACAAAGAAAGAAGCAGAGAUAAAAGCUGCCAGAACAGCUUUAUUAGCUAUUGAAUCCAGUGCAUCCCAUUCUUCUGAAAAGCAAUUUGGCCCCUCAAAAUUCACAGUUGUUCCAUGCAAGAAAAGGGGAGCAGAACCAAUUGGCAAGGUUGAUGAGACUUCAAAAGUCCCUAAAACCAAGAGAACACGAUUUAAAAGGAAACCGCCAAGAAAGAAACAAUCAGGAGACAAGAAGGGUCGUAAUCAUAUUGAAAGUGCAGCCCAUGUGGGAGCAAAGGUAGAGUCGCACACAAAUGUAAAUGAUGACUCUCGUGUCCAGACCAUGGGAUCUAGAACAUUAGCUGCAAAAGCUGUUAAUUUUGACAAUGGAGUGUCAGUUGAUUAUCAAAAUGAGAAUGGCAUAUCGUGUGGGGAAGUUUUGUUGUCUGUGAAUAGUGAAAACGGAGAGUCAGUGGAAAUGCAAUCCAAUGAUUCCUGUAUCCAGACCAUGAAAUCCAGGCUAUUGGCUGCAAGCGCCAUGAAAAAUUUUGAUGAUGGAAUGUUAGUUGAUUAUCAAAAUGAAAAGGAGAUUCUGACUGGGGAUGAUUCUCUGUCAUUGAAUAGCGAUAAGGCUUUUGGAAAUGGAAAUUCAACAGAAUUGCCAUCCAAUGAAUCUUCUUUCCAGAUCAUGGAAUCGAUGUCGUUGGCUGCAGAAGCCGUGCAAAAUAUUGACAAUAGAAUGUCUAUCAACUAUCAAAAUGAAAAGGUUCUGUUGGCUGGGGGAGAUUCUUUGUCUCUUAAUAAUAAUUCCAUUUUUGCAGACAAAAGGUCGACAGAAUUGCUAUCCAAUGAGCCUUGUGUCCAGACCAUGGAAUCCAGACCAAUGGUUGAAGCCAUGAGAAAUUUUAAUGAUGGAAUGUCACUUGCUUGUCAAAAUGAAAAAGGUAUGUUGGUUGUGGAACGUUCUCUGUCUCUGGAUAGCAGCGAUAUUUUCGAAAAUAGAAAAUCAACAGAACUACAAUCCAGUGAGUCGUGUUUGCUGAUCAUGGAUUCUAGAACGCUGGCUGCAGAAACCAAGAAAAAUUACGAUGGAAUGUCAGUUAAUGAUCAAAAUGAAAAGGGCCCCUUGGCUGGGGAAGGUUCUUUAUCUUUGAAUAACAGUGAGAUUUCUGAAAAUAGGUCAAAAAUUGCAAACGAAUGAGAACAAUCUUGGGACUGUGAAUGGACAAAUCUUUGUUUUGUCCAAUGGGGAGACACGAGAAAUGAGCUGUGUGACCGAUGAUUGUGUUGCUGAAGCAAUUAACUUAUCUGAGUCAAGCACUCAGACCGGUUGGAAGAAGAGAUUCGAGCUGAAGCAAUUGCUAGAGCUUUGGAAGAAUCGGCGGAUUCCUGGUUUCCUGCAGUUUUUCAUCAUUGGCAGACAUAUGAUUCAGUGCAAGUUGAGAAUUUUGUCAUAUGAUUGAGAAUGUGCCUUAGUGACAUUUAUGGUUUAUAUGUAACAGUUUCAGUUCCGCUUAUAUAGCGAUCAAUUCUUGGAUAUCUGCUCCAUUGUCUUAUAAUCAUUCAACUAGAGGCCUUUCGAGUACGUUGUACUGAGAAUUAAGGUUGUAAAAUACUAAUUGCCUGUUUGAAUUAGCUAUGUUAAUUGAUUCUACCUUCUUAAA